CGGGAAGCGUUUAGUCGAGGUCUCUAUAGUCACCUGGCUGGGUUGAACGCCUCUACGUCGACAGCACGUCGAUCGGAGUCUCUCUCGUCGGAAAACGGAGCAGGAAGAGAAAUCGCAUCGAUAGAAGAGGAGUGUACGAGUGAUCACGGCGAGUGACCUCGACCUCAAAAGCCGCCUAGAAUCUCGGAGCAGAAAAAAGCGGUCGGUGAAAUAUCGGAGCCGCGCGACCGGUGUCGCUAUUACUAUGUAAAUUUUCAGCGGGUGUACAUACGUUCGCGCGCGCGCGCGCACACAGUCGCCAGCGAGCAACGGCGUUAGCAGCAACGGCAACAACAUUAUCGUCAAUAACAGCGAGUGAAACGCGCACGGGCGAAAGGGAAUCGCGCGGCACGCCUCGAGCAAGAGAUCUGACCUCUUCUCUGACCGAUCCCAAGGAAGCCCGCAAACUGGCUCCGGAAGUGAGGAUCAAGCAAAUUGGAAUGAGGGAGGAUCUGCUGUCUAUAAUACGGCACACGAGCAGCGAUCACUUCUCGGAAGAGCUUUAGCCGGGGAGCUUGACCAGGAAGUAGAGAAGUCGCGAGAAGCGGAGUUUUAGCCGCGGGAGCGAGUAUAAAUUCGCGAGUAGAGUAUUCGCGCGAUAGAGUAGAAGCGGCUCUCGUUGGCGGUUUUAUUUUAUUUUAUUUUUUUUUUCCGUUGGAGCAGUUAGCUCCGCACACACACAUACACACGCAUCGGGCUUCCUUUUGCUCCGGUGUUAUUCUCUAAUCGACCAUAAUUUCGUCACCAACGGAAGGGACAGGAAGAGUGAGGGAGAGCCGAAUACCCCGGAAGACCGGUUGUUUUCCGUCGGAUCUCUCGGUUAUGCCCUGGGUCGCCGCAUGCUUUGACCUGCUGGCGACUCCGUUACUGGGUUACUGUCUCGCGGUCAGAAAACUGGCCCUGCAAGCCGGCCUCCUGCAGGAGAAAAAAAGCGAUCUCGCCGUGAGGCAAACAUCUAACACGGAGACACCCUUGAUCGCCGAUAACACAACCAUCAUGGCCCCCAACGCGGAAGAGCAGCGUCAAGACCCCGGUAAAGAGAAGGUCGCAGCAAGAAUCUCGGGUCUAGCAAAGUCAUCGCGCAAAUUCGCGGGAGUUGUCAUAGCCACUUGCGGUCUACCGGCUCGCGGAAAAAGCCAAAUCGGGCAGAGCCUUGCUCGCAGACUCAUUUGGAAUGGCGUAACUACAAAAGUGUUUCGUGUGAGUGAUUACCGAAGAAAACGAUUCGAAUCUCAUAUAACACACGAACUCUUCCGGUCAGAUAAUGCGGCAAACAGUGCGUUAAUAGCUCUCGCUCAAAGAGAUGCCAUGCAGGAUUGCGCGGCAUGGCUCGCAUCUGGAAACACUGUAGCGAUCCUGGACGCUAUGCUAAUCACGCGAACGCAACGCACGGAGGUCUGCGAUUACUUCGCCAGCCAACUUGGUUACCGCGUUCUCUUCAUCGAAUGCGUCUGCGAUGAUCCAGAAGUCCUGAAGAACAACCAACAGGAGAUCGUGAGACAUUGCGCCGACUAUGCGGGAAUGGACGCCACCUUGGCCGCGGAAGAUCUGCGCUCAAAGAUCGCUUUUUACGCUGGAUUGUACGAACCUAUGGACGAUAGAACUUAUCCCAGAAUCAAGAUCAACACCGCUACCAUGGAUAUCGAGACCUGCAAAGUAUCCGGUCAUAUUGAAACCAGCGUGCUUGGAUAUCUCGGAGAUAUCAGCCUUAAAUCCCACACACUUUAUUUCUCGAGGCACGGCGAAAGCGAGUACAACGUGGUCGGUAAAAUCGGCGGCGACGCGGUAUUAAGCGCCAGAGGUGAGCGUUACGCUCAAGCCUUGUCAAACAAGUUCAACGCUAUGCGUAUUCCCGAUCUACGGGUUCUCACCAGUCGCCUCCGCAGAACGAUUGCAACGGUGCGCGGUAUUGAAGCUCCCCAGGAACAUAUAGCCGCUUUGAAUGAACUUCACGCGGGGGUGUGCGAGGGCCUCUCUUACGAAGAGAUGCAGGAGCAUUAUCCGCAGGAGUUCGCUUGGCGCGAUCAAGACAAGCUGCGUUAUCGUUAUCCGUGGGGCGAGAGCUACAUCGACGCGAUGCAACGUGUCGAUCCGGUGAUCGCCGAGCUGCAACGCUCCAACAACGUUCUCGUGGUGUCACAUCAGGCGAUAUUGCGCUGCAUCAUCGGAUUCUUUCUUGAUAAGAAACCCGAAGAGCUGCCCUACAUGGAAGUGCCGCUGCACACCAUUAUCUGCAUCACCAGCCAGGGUUACAAUUACAAGCUCGAGUUCAUCAAGCUGCCGAUCGAGUGCGUAAACACGACUCGCGUCAAGCCGACGAACUGCAGCGGCGACCGCACCGCUGCGGAUGCUCUGAUCACGGUUCCCGCCCACUUCGAUAUACCGGAUCCUUGGAGGAACCCCGGCAACGGGCCCACUCUCGUGCAGCAGCACUAAGAGAACCAAAAACGUCCGUUUUGAAAAUGACUUCAAUCAAAAUUUUAAACAUGACGAUUCGUUUAAUUCCUGAUGGUCGAUUUAAUAUACAAUUUUGCGUACAGUAUCAGACAAUUGAAGGAAAUCAAAUAAAUAAGGUAACAUCAUCAUAAUUUAUAUAAAUUUUAAUUAUAAUAUAUUUUUUAAUUAGAUUAGUAAAGAUUAAUAACAUCUUCAAAAGUUGAUUUAUGUCACAAUUGAAGCAAGGCGUUCGUCACUUGUAUCAAUAAUUAGCUGUAUACUUUUCGGCGCUAAAAAUGAUUAUUUACUUACCUGUGUGUGAUUGGGAUUUACUACUAUUGUGAAGGGAAAUUAGAUCACACUGUCAUUAUUAGUUUUCUUAUAGUGGCAACAACAUAAGUAAUUUUGUUAUAUCUUCGCGCGUAGUAUUGAGCAAAGACACGACGUGUCAACUUAAUUUAGGUGCAAUCAACGGACGCAAUAGAUGAAAAUGAAAUAUCUGCUUCGAUAUCAAGAAUUCUUUUAUAUAAUAACAGAGAAACGCAUACAGACUUUCGAGCAGAAAUAUCUUUGAUACUUAGUUGUGCAAUGUUUUGUGUACGUCCGGAUCGAUUUUGACGAUAGUUCUAUAGGUCUAUAGAAUGUCGAUAAUGUACACCUUUUUGAUAGCAAUUGGAAGCCCAUGACUCGAGCCCUCUACGUAUCGCUCAUAGUUUUAUCAGUAGUUUAUAGUGUUGUUCGAUUUAUAGUAUGGUAGCGCAUGCCAUAGAUUGAGAUAUAUAUUACUCGUCGUGCUAAACAUACGCACAGAUUUGUAUAUAGGACGGAUGAGGAUUUGAUGUUGAAAACUGUUUGUGAUAGAGAAAUAGUAGCGCGUAGAUACUCGGUCACUGUAGUCACUACGCGCGUAUAAAUCAUCGUACUUUUUCGUAUCUCAGCAUUUUAAAAAUUUCUUUUUCUCUCGAAAUAUUUUGCGAAACUUUUACUCCGUGCUGUGAUCUUUUUUUUUUUAAUCAAAUUUAUGAUCUCCUUUAUCGUCUCAUUUGAUCGUUUGAGUGUCCCAUCGAUUGUGUCGAAAUAAAUAAAGAGUAACGGAAUACGUUCAUAUACACGCGAGUUGACAAAUGUAACGAUUGAUUUUGUGACAUCAUGCCUUAAUUAUCCGGCCUUUUAUAUGAUACGAUCAAAACAGUAAAAAAAACUUAUCUGGGUACUCUAAAACCUUAUAUUUUUAUAAAGGAUAGAUAUUAGAUGUAAUUAUUAGAUAUAGCUAUACUUCCUUUAUAAUGACUAAUUCGUUUUGUAUUUUGCCCAGCAAUGCAAUAUGUUUAUUAUUUGUAAUAAUUUUUAAGUACUAAAUUAUUAACCACCAUGCAUCAUUUCACGUAUUAGUAAAUUAUAGAGAAACUCUUAUUAUAAAGAAACAACGAAAUGGAUGAUCGAAGAAAAAUCUUAACUGAAAGCUUAUCAUUAUUAUCAGAGACAGGAACUUUAUUAGUUAUUGAAGUCGUUAUGAAUUACGACUGUCUGCAAACAAUGAGAAAGAGAGCUUAUUAUAUCGAUAAAUUUUCUGCGAAAUAAGAUAAUAUAAUAUUGCGAUUAUCGUAUACAAUGAUUUAAACGUACAGAUUGAUAAUUUAUCACUACUAGUAAAUCUUUUUAUCGAAACGAAUUUUCUUGUUACACAUAUUUAUAUAAAUUCUAUUUAAAUCCAUAUACCAGGGACUUGUUGAAAUGUGUAUUUUUAGCAUAUAUCAAUGCAAAAUAUGAAUGCAACUUAAUGUAAGACGUGGACAUUUAAUGAUACAUGCAUUUUGGAUAAUUUAAAUCAAGGGUUGUGUUAAAUUCAUGGAGUAGAAUUCAAAGUCCUGCGUGAGUUUGCUAUGAUUUCCCGUAACUAAAACGUUAUUCCGGGCUAAGGCCCGGUUCCACAAAUGUAAGAUUAACUUUAAUCUCGGCUUGCUUACUGUUUAUCUCUUCAUUCUUAGAUUAGAAAAAGAUAAAGCGAAUUGAACUUCGGUUAAAUUGAGUUAAACGCGAAAUGUGAAACUGGGCCUAAACAAGCAAAACUUUGCGAAAUAAUGUAUACAAGUUAAUCCUCGUUGAUCCAUCGAACCUCGUUAAUCCACUGAUACUUUACUGUAUUUUAUUAGAAUAGUUUAUUGCAUAAACACGCAUAAUAUUUGUUUAGCCGUGAACGCGAAGUUUUUCUGGAUUCAACGCGACGCUAAGCUCCGAAUUCUGAUUAUUCGCGCUUCCCGAGGGUCAGUUCAAUAAUUUUACUUAUUUUAGAAAAAAUAAUUAUGUGUGCUAUGUAUGUCUUCCUUUCCGAAUAAAGAAGCGAUCUAGUCGA